AUGGCAGGCCAUAGCCCGUCUCGCUCCCUUGCGGACGGCUCAGAUCUGCUAGAUCCAUGCACUGUAUGGGCCAACUUUGAUAUGGAUGUAAGCCAUGAUCACUCAAGUCGCGAAUUAUCUGGCGAUCAUACGCCAUCCAGCUCGUCAGUCGCCUAUGGCACGCUUCAGGGACGCCAUACACACCGACGUUCGCGUGGCCCUAUUCGUACGUCAUCCAUGGAUAAAGCCGAAGAGCUUGCUAUCGUGGCCGAGCGGCUUUUGCUGCAUAGCAACGAACAAUAUGAUUCUGAGAGUGAAGAAGAUAAGGCGCUAUUGAGUGAUGCAUCCGAUUCCACCACCGCCUCCGUCGUUGAGAUUCGGGCCUCCUCACAGAAAGAACCCAGUCUUCAUUUCCAGCGGAAACAUUCAGAGGUGGUAACCGCGCCGACAAGCUUAUCUCUAUCGUCGUAUCGAACCAAGCAAUCGCACGCUAUGCCAUCUCAACAUGCGCGUCACUCAUAUUCAGAGGCACCUACGCCGCAGAAUGGCCGACGACGCUCUGAUCGUUCCUCGUUUUCGUCGCUGUCGACGUCUCCACGACCUUCUGUGCGGCCUUCCUGCAUCUUUGUGCAGGAUGGAAACCUUCAUGCACAUGCGUCUGCGGCUGUGGACUGUCAGACGGCAGAACGUAGUUAG